ACUACAACUACGCGUUGCGUUACAGGGUCAAAAGACGCGUCGCGUCACGCGUCGACACUUCCGCUUCUUUGUCUGCGCUCUUAUUCACUUCCGUGCUUAACAGCUAUCCACCAAAUAUGCCACCUAAACGCAAGUCGGACGCGGCUAACGGAGCUGCGGCCAAAAAAGCGCGUUCUGCCUGGGCUGCUACGGCCAUCUUGGCUGCCGACAUCGUCGGUCAGCCAACGGACUACCCCGUACCUGAAGAUGAAGGCGAUGUUCGCAAGAUGCUUCUAGAAUUAGCGCAAUACGCACUGCAUCUCGAACAAGAGGCAGCGGCCGCAGCCGCAGCGGGAUCUCAGGCUGCGGCUUCCAAGGCGCUUACCCCGGAACAGCUCGCCGCGUCUGUGGAAAAGAUACGCAAGGCUGCCGGCAGCGGGAUCAAGAAUCAGAUGAAGUGGCGACCUUCUUGCAAGGGCGGCGGCGCGAAGUGGUCGUACGACGGGGUCUGCGUGGAUCCGAACGUGUUUGGCGCCUUGCUCGGACUGGAAGGGCCGCCGAAAUGGAAGAUGCACAAGAUGCCGAUUGAGGAGUUUGAGAAUCGGUUUGGAUGCAUUGAAGGGUCAGCUCGGUACAGUCACUUGUGGUUGAAUGGAAAGCAUGUGAACAUUCGUUGGGCUGCCGACGAGGGCACUUUCAAACUCAGUGGCACGUACGGUGAUACUCGAUAGAUACUGGAACUUUGAGGUCUAGCUAACGCGACGACGACCACUCCGCCGCAUAUAUGCGCGUUAUCAUAAUACUAAAAUUCGUUGUCCUUUGACAGCCUUCAGCUAAUGUUUAUCUUACACCCAGUUUGUUGUCCAUACAUGACAAUCUUGUUCACUUUACUCAGAUGUUAGAGCACUAUCAUGGUAAUGGAAUGCUACGUUAC